UUGAGUUUAGCACCGUGAAGCCUGGACUCGGUGCAGGUGGGAGGAAAUAUUCGGGUUCUUUUUCGUUCCCUCUACCAAACGAAAGCAGAGAGCGAAAAAUGGCUUUGAAACUCUCGUCACUAUCUCUUCACUCCUCUCUCCGCCACCAGCACCCUAAUUCGUCGCAUUCAAACCAUCGCAUUCCCCUUCGUUUCUUUGCACCUUCCCUUCCUCCCACUUCGUGUCUCUCCGGCGCAGCCUCAGUCUCCACAUUUCAUCGCACUCUCUUCGCCGUAACCGUUCGCGCAUUUCAAAGCCAAGACGAAAGCAAAAGCAGUGAUGUUUUUGAAGAAGAAGAAAAAGACGAAGAAAUAUCGAGGCAGGGUGAGAAAAAGGAACUCGCGAAGCAAAGCAUAUGGAGUCAGAUAAAGGAAAUUGUGAUGUUUACAGGACCAGCAACGGGUCUUUGGAUUUGUGGACCGCUUAUGAGUCUCAUCGAUACUGCAGUUAUUGGUCAGAGAAGCUCAAUUGAGCUUGCUGCUUUAGGUCCUGCUACAGUUGUUUGCGACUACAUGAGCUACGUGUUCAUGUUUCUAUCAAUUGCUACUUCCAAUAUGGUUGCUACUGCCCUUGCCAAGCAGGACAAAGAAGAAGUACAGCAUCACAUAUCUGUCUUGCUUUUUAUUGGGUUAUCUUGUGGCGUUGGGAUGCUUUUGUUCUCAAGGCUAUUUGGUGCAUCACUAAUAACUGCUUUCACUGGGCCAAAGAAUGCACACGUAGUACCUGCAGCUAGCAAUUAUGUGAAGAUUCGAGGCUUGGCAUGGCCUGCUUUACUUGUUGGAUGGGUUGCUCAGAGUGCAAGUCUUGGUAUGAAAGAUUCCUUGGGACCCUUGAAAGCUUUGGCUGCUGCUACAGUUAUAAAUUUCGCUGGUUGUAUACUUUUGUGCACCUAUUUAGGCUAUGGAAUUGUAGGGGCUGCGUGGGCUACAAUGGUUGCCCAAGUUGUUGCCGCUUACAUGAUGAUUCAAAAUCUAAACAUGAAGGGAUAUAAUGCACUUGCCUUCUCCAUUCCUACAGGGAAGGAAAUUCUGAUGAUACUUGGGCUUGCUGCUCCUGUUUUUUUGACACUGAUGUCAAAGGUGGCUUUCUACGCACUACUUAUAUAUUUUGCUACAUCAAUGGGUACACAUACAAUGGCUGCUCAUCAAGUCAUGGUCCAAACUUAUGGUAUGUGUACAGUAUGGGGUGAACCUCUCUCCCAAACUGCUCAAUCAUUUAUGCCUGAAUUGAUAUAUGGAGUAAAUAGGAGUUUGUCAAAGGCCCGAUUGCUUCUAAAGUCUCUUGUGACAAUUGGAGCUAUGCUUGGAUUAUUGUUAGGGAUUGUUGGAACAUCAGUACCUUGGUUAUUUCCCUAUGUUUUUACUCCUGAUCGGAUGGUGAUUCAGGAGAUGCAUAAGGUGCUGAUUCCAUACUUUAUAGCGCUGGCUAUAACACCCCCUACUCACAGCCUCGAGGGAACGUUGCUGGCUGGACGGGAUCUGAAAUUUAUAAGUUUAUCAAUGACUGGAUGCUUUUGUGUGGGUACAUUAGUAUUAUGGGCUUUGAGUAGUAGAUUCGGUUUGCUAGGCUGCUGGUUUUCCCUCGCAUUAUUUCAAUGGGCUCGGUUUUCAAUUGCCCUCCGGCGCCUUCUUUCUCCCAAGGGCAUUUUAUACUCGGAAGAUACAGAUCAGUAUAAGCUGCGAAAGCUAAGGACUGCCUAAGUUGUGACCUUUUUUAUUUUAUAAUUCAUGAGGCGUUAGAACUUAGAAGGAUAGAAGAAUGUUGUCUGUUGCAAAUUAGAAUUAUAAAAUCAGUUCUAUUUUAACACAGAUUACAAUACAUUUGCAUUGUAAAUGCACUGUAAGCAAGUUGCUGCUGCCUCAAUCUUUUUCGUGUAUUUUAAUAUUGUUCAGAAUGCUUGUAAACUGAACAAGAAUGCAAUUAAAAUAAUUGCUGCAUGCCAAUCAA